AUGGAGCCACAAUUGUCCGAAGAGCAGGGUGUCAGGAUCGCUGUCGAAGGAUGUGGGCACGGCACACUUCACGCGAUCUACGCUUCGAUUGAACGAGCAUGCGCCGUCAAAGGCUGGUCAGGAGUCGAUCUUCUCAUCAUUGGUGGAGACUUUCAGUCAGUACGAAAUGCACACGACUUGCAAUGUGUAUCCAUGCCAGCCAAAUACCGCGACAUGCACGACUUUCACGAGUACUACUCUGGGUCCCGCAAAGCACCUUACCUGACCAUUUUUGUUGGUGGAAACCACGAAGCCGCCAAUUAUCUCUUCGAGCUUUACUACGGUGGCUGGGUGGCACCCAACAUCUACUACAUGGGCGCGGCAAAUGUGCUAAAACUUGGUCCUCUGAGGAUAGCAGGUAUGAGCGGCAUCUGGAAGGGCUUUGACUACAAGAAACAGCACCAUGAAAGACUGCCUUACAAUGAAGGUGACGUGAAGAGUAUCUAUCACGUCAGAGAGCUUGAUGUGAGAAAAUUGUUGCAGAUUCGUACCCAGGUUGACGUCGGGAUCUCUCACGAUUGGCCGAGGGGAGUGGAAUGGAAGGGCGAUUGGAAGAAAUUGUUUAGGCAAAAAGCGCAUCUGGAAGAAGAUGCUAGGAAUGGUCAGCUGGGUAGUGUGGCUGCGACUUAUGUGAUGGACAGACUGAGACCGCCGUAUUGGUUCAGUGCUCAUCUGCAUUGCAAGUAUGCUGCAGUGGUUGACCACGAAAAGUCUGGAGAAGCGCCUGGCACAGCAGCUUCCGCCAGUACCAGCAAUGGAGCUGUUGUUGAAGAGGUGUCCAAGCAGAACUCAGACGAGAUUGACCUGGAUAUGGAUGACGAAGAGACUCCUGCUCAGGUGCAACCAACAAAGAACACGGAUGAGAUUGACCUCGACAUGGACGAUGACGAACCAGCACCAAAGCCUAGCAAGACCGACACAGUUUUGCCUGUCAACGCAGACGAGGUCGACCUCGAGCUCGAAGACGAUGCCGAACCGACCACCGCGCCAGUAGCUCCAGGUCAAGGCUUAGAUGGUGCAAGAGUACCAAUCGCACCUUCAGCUUCCGACGACAACACCACAAACACAUCCACAGUAUCAGAAGAUCUCCGCGCCCAACUCCCAGCCUCCUUCGCCAAACCGCCUCCUCGACCCGAGACAACAAAUCAGCCAUUCUCACACCCUCCCGGUAUCACAAACACGAAAACCAAUUUCUUGGCCUUGGACAAGUGCCUUCCGAACCGCGAUUUCCUGCAAGUGCUCUCCAUGCCGCCAAUCUCAGAUCCCAAUGCCUCGUUUGAUCGACCCCUACAACUAGAAUAUGACAAAGAGUGGCUAGCCAUCACCCGUGUCUUUGCUUCUGAACUAACCAUCGGCGGCGACCCCAAUACACGCGCACCCCCCGAUCUCGGCGAAUCGCACUACUCACCCCUAAUCACCGCCUCGGAAACCUGGAUCCACGAACACGUCAAUGACAUGACUGUCCCUCAAAACUUUGAGAUUACAGCGCCAGUGUUUGAUGCUGCGGCAGGUAUACAUGUCCAAGGUGCCCCACGGGAAUACACAAACAAGCAAACUAGCAGAUUCUGUGAUCUGUUGGGGAUCGCCAAUCCUUUUGAUAUCUCGGAAGAGGAGAGGGAGGAGAGGAUGAGAGUGGGUCCGAGACCUGAGGAGCAGAGACGGGAUGGUGGGUUUAGGGGUGGGCGUGGGGGAGGUAGAGGGGGAGGAAGAGGUAGAGGCAAUGGUCGUGGUGGUAGAGGUGGCGGUGGGCGUGGAAGAGGAAGAGGUCGUGGUGGACCUAGGUAUUAG